AGUGUUGCGAUAUUAACAGUGUAAACUGAACUUCAUUUAAGAGAGGGGUUUAAAACUACAGGUGUUCACAUAAAGAUCUUGAAUUUCUAUCUGGAUUUUACUUGACAAUCUGUUUUCAUUCAAACGCUUGGAUUUUAAAACCGAAAAACUUUUAAUUCUUCAAAUGAAUGUUAAAAAGUAAGAAAAUAGUAAAAAAAAGUUGGUGACAAAUUUUUAUUAAAUUAUCACAAUGGAAAUACCAUGGUUACAGAUGCUUCUAGUUAUGGUCCUUCUGGUGGACCUGUCCAUCCAGCACACAUGUGAGCAGUGUGACUGUACUAUAAGUGCUACCGAUGCUAGCAAAGGCGUUCACUUGACCACUCUGACGUGCAUGGACGGUUCUGUCACGUGGUACAACCCGAUUGGUGCACUGAGGGUCGAACUCAGACCAGAAAUGCCUGGGAAGUUUCAAUCCUGUUUCGUUGUUGAAACCGGGGAUUUGAAGCUAAAGGUUUCGCGAGAAGCCGAAUUGAAUAUAAAUUCAAAGUCGCCAUCGGAAAGAAAUCAGUUCAUAUUGAAUGACAACAACCUGCAACCACUUGUAACCUCCAGAGGGAAGAGCAACGAAGUAUGUAUCCAGGCAACGAAUUCCGUGAUUCUAUAUUUAGAACCGGAAGUUGAUGAAACGCUGGAGUCUAAAAGAGUUGUCUUCCGGUACGAUCUGGUUUACGUACCAAAAGUGGAAAAGUCUCCAAUUGAAGAAUGCCGCCCAUGCAGUGAAUACGAACUAUUAAAAGCGUACUGCUCCAGUGACUUUGUUAUUGUUGGAAGUAUGGAAUCGGUCAAUCAUAAUGACGAAAUCGCGAAGACGAAGAUCGAUGUCGAAGUCGCCCAAAUCAUUCGCUCAUCUGGUGACCAUUUUUCCCGCCUGAAACGAGACUCGGCACUGCAAGGAACCAUUACAGCACCGAGGAAAUGCGGCGUUUCAAAGGGAGAUGGUCUUUUCUUAAUGACAGGAAGGGUAAGACUCGGAGAGCUUACUAUGGGCUGUGCCCCUUACCUUGAUGAAUGGGAAACAAUCGUCAACAAAGCACAGCUAGAAGGGAGGUUGGAAUGUGCCAGAGAUUGAUAAGACCGGAAGUUCUAGUCACGUGAUCUACCUCAGUCUCUUUCUGACAAACGGAAGUGAUGUAACAAGGGGGAGAGUCUAAUCGCAUCACUUCUAGCCAACGAGGUUGUCAUGGUCAGCACCUGGAAGUGUAUCUCUUCACUACUUAUAGACUGACUAUGCCAUGAUUUGACAACCUGUUGGGGUCUAGGAAGAGCGUUUAUUCAACAGACAUUGAGAUGUUUGGUUUCCAGAAAUUGAAACCACACUGGACAUAUGGCUAAACCAUUGAUAAAAAGUGAUCCAAACAUCAGGUCUUCCAGCUACAUGGUAAAAAAGGUCGACUUCAGAGGAUCUGAAGCCAAAGUGGACUUCAUGGAUAAUAAGAAAAUUGUCGUCUGACAGCAACAUGAUUUUAUUCGGAUGUGCGCGGGAAUGACUUAACACAUAUACCGGCUUAUACAAAGAGACAUUUUACUUAGUUCAUGAAGUCUAUGUAUGAUAAAUCACGACCACAUGAUAAGAAUAUAUACUAGUAUUCAAAGUGCGCUUGGUGAAAUGAUGGUAUAUUAACUUAACCACAUUAUAAGAAAUUUACAAUUAUAUUAUAUAUACAUGUAUAUAAGAUGUACUUGGUAAAA